AUGAUUACAACUACAACAACUACAGCAACAUCACAGAUUGGUGAUUUGAAUGAAAUACCGAACUUGAAACCACCAAGAGAAACAUUUGUUGAUCAACCGAAAAGUCCGGAGGAUGUUAAUUUAGAAGAGUUAAUUUAUGAUUUACAAAAUGGUACCAAAAACGUCAAUAACUUGCAUUUAUACCAUUCAAUAUUUAUUUUAUCCAAAACAUUACAAUUUAUUGUUAAAUUACAAGAACAUCCUGAUUUGUAUAAUGAAUUUAGAUGGCAACAAUUGAAUAGAUUGGGGAUCAAUGAAGAUGAUCUUAUAGAUAAAGACACGGGAAACAUUAAUGAGAAUAACGAAAGGAAUGCUAAUGCUAGUAGUACGUUAUUUCAACCACAACCACUGCAUAUGACCAAAGAUACUGAUUUUGCCAAUGAAAUGAGUAAUAUUCGAUCAAAUACGCCGUCAUUAUCUCCACCACCAUUGAAAAUGGCCAAAUUUCAUAAAAACUCGAUCAUUAAUGAUAACAAGUAUUAUGAUGAACUUGAAACAUCUAUAGAGGCAAGGAUUGUUGAUGACGUUGAAGUUGAUCGAGAUAGUUCUAUAAGGUCACCAGAUGAUAUCUCAACUCUAAAUAUACCUUCACCUACAAAUGAGUUUGAAUCAAUAAUUGAUGAAAAUAUCGAUGACAUUAAAUAUUUUAGUGAUAAUAAUAAUAACGAGAACAACAACAACAAUAAUAAUGAUGAACCACCUCCAUAUAUCCCCAUUGAACAAUUAAUUCAAUCAACAACCAUUACAAAUCAAACAUAUAAUGAUGAACAAAUCAAUGAAAUUUAUAUCAAUAAAUUAAAAUUGGAAAUUACCAAUCAACAUAAAAACUCCCAAAAGAAACUGGAAUCACAAUUGGAAUCACUUAAAAUAUUCAAUUUAUUGAAAACUCCAAAUAUAUCAAUUGAUCAAUUUUUAAAUCGAAUUAAAACUUAUUCAUCAAAUAUAUCGAUAAUUUCUUAUUUAAAUACAACUUUUUUAUUAUUUAAAUUAUCAAUUUAUUUAAAUAAAAUCACGUUGAAUUUAAAUAAUAGUUUCCGAUUUUUAAUUGGAUCUUUACGUUGUUCAAUCAAAAUUUUUGAAGAUAUUUAUCAACAUCAAUCAAAAUUUAAUAAUGUCGUUGGAAUAAAUAAUUUACCCGAUUUAUUGAAAAUUGAAUUAAAAUUUGUUUAUUUAAUAAAUUUUAAUUUUAAUAGUAAUUUCAAUUGUUUUAUCAUUGAUCAAUUUUUAAAAUUGGAAUUCAUUCAAUUAUGUUUAUUCAUGAAAUCAAAUUUACCUGAUGAUUAUAAUAAAAUUGUCAAUAAUAUUAAGUCAUAG